GGAAUUUUUUAUUUUACAACGUCUCAAAAGAGAGUAAUUGAAUUUUAAAUUAUCUUUAAACUUUCGGCUCACCUAGUAUUUAUAUUUGUAUGUAUGUAAUACAUGUAUGCACGGUUCGCACGUAUACACGUACUCAUACAUGUAAUACAAAAUUAGAAAUAAGAAUAUAUGUAUAAAUGCAUAUGUCAUUGUUAUCUACGAUUCUGCGACGUAUAAAAAAAAUGCCAAUCCGUAUAGCUUUCGCUUUCAUUCUCGAUUGAAACCAUAAUCCAUAAUGAUCGUUUAAAAGGAAAUUAUAAUAGUCGAAAUACGUACGUAUGUAAUAAAAAUAAAAAUAUUAAAAAGUGCUAAUGUAAGGAAACAGAUGUUACAAAGUCAAUUUGACCCAAAUGUCGAGGAUUAAAUUUAUGUAAAAAAAAAAAAAAAAAAAACAAAUAUGUUGGCAGUGUUGCGAAGACGCAACUGUCUAUGUAAAUUAAAAAUUAAAAUAUGUCUAAUUAAAGAUGGUCAAUUAUUUCGAAAGUAAGCUUCUAAGUAAUCGUAAUAAAUGUAAAUAUAUAGUUUAAAUUAUUAUUCUUUUCACACGCAAUCGUGCGUUAUCAAAUUUUAGUAACUUUUUAAAUACUAAUAUUCAACGGGAUAUGACUACAACGAUUUUGAAAGAAAAUUCAAAUAAAAAUUUGCUCGAUGACAAUGCCAUCUGUAUCGAUAAACCAAUGGAAUGGCCGACCGGGAAAAGAAGUCAUUUCAAAUUUCACGAAGAGACCGAAGCUGCUAUGAAUAAACAAAUAAAUGCUGAAUUUAAGGCUUUUUAUUAUUACUUAUCUAUGGCCGCAUAUUUUGGGCGCGUAGACGUUGCAUUGCCAGGUUGCGAGUCAUUUUUUAUGCAAAUGCAUCAAGAAGAGCAUGAGCAUGCUUUGCAAUUUAUCGAUUAUGUUAAAAUGCGCGGCGGCCAAAUAGAAUUGUGUCCGAUUUUACCACCAGUUGAUCCUGAUUGGAAGUGCCCUCUUCGUGCAUUUAAAACUGCCCUGGGACUUGAGAUAGAAGUCAGCGAAAAAUUGGUCGAUGUAAAUGCAACAGCUGAAAAGCAUGGUGAUUUAAACGCAAGUGAUUUCAUUGUCACGGGUUUUAUGGAAAAUCAAAUGAAAAGCGUCAAUGAAAUGGCAAGAUUCGUAACAAUUUUAUCAGGCAUAGGGGAUCAAGCAUUGGCACGUUUUAUUUUCGAUAAGGAUUUGCUCGAUAAUCAUGUAUCGUCGGAAUUUAACGUUUUUAAAAAAAGACUACAUUUGAAGAUAAAUCAGAAGUAAAAGAUUAAAGUCGUUCAUCUUUGAUAGUUUUUUUGUUGCGUACCUAAUUAUAACUUUUGUACGCUUGUAUAUAAAUGCGUGUGUGCAUUAUACAUAUUAGAA